AUGAGAAGGAAGUCGAAUGAUGAAAAAGAUGAAGAAAGCAAUGAUUCAGAGUCAUUCGAAAAGCACCGUGAAGAAAAGACGCCUCCUAAGAACAUCGAAGUCUCUGCCAAUGGUUUCAUUCAAAUCGACCAACUCAAGGAGAUCAUUGAAGGAACAAUGAAGUUUGUUCGCUCACUCAAGGGAAAUGCUUUUGACUGGUAUAUGGACUUAGAGUCAAACUCGAUCGAUAGUUCGGAACAAUUGGAGCAUGAAUUCCUUAACCGCUUUUACAGCACCAAAAGAAUUGUCAAUAUGGUGGAACUCACAAGUUCUAGUCAAUUCAAGGAAGAGCCGGUGAUUGAUUAUAUCAAUAGAUGGAGAAACUUCUGCCUCAACUACAAAGAUCGAUUAUCCGAAUCAGCCGCUAUUGAGAUGUACAUUCAAGGGAUGCAUUGGGGCUUACAAUACAUCUUGCGAGGAAUUCAGCCUAGAACAUUCGAAGAACUAGCCACUAGAGCUCAUGACAUGGAAUUGAGUAUGGCGGCAAGCGAAAUUGAAGGACCACCAAUCCAAGAGCCUUGCAAAUUCAAGCAAGGAUUCAAAGCCAAAGCACCAGCAAAAGAAUCUGUGGUAGAGAAGGCAACGUCUGUGAAAUUUUUAAAGAAAGAAGCUAGUCAGGAAGGACGAACGGAUGACCUAGAAUAUUGCAAAUACCAUCGGUUGGUGGGACAUCCCAUACAUGAUUGCUUCAUCUUCAAAGAUAAAGUCAUGCGAUUGGCUCGAGAAAGGAAGAUAUCCCUUGAAGAAGAUUGUGCUACUGCAAAUGUUGCCACCAUCGACUUAAGUGAUAUAAUAGAAGGUGUUGGAGCUUUAUAUGAUACAUCCAAUCAAGUAGAUGAAGAAUUCAAGCUAAAUAUGAAUGAAGAUGACGAUGUCUUAACAAUCACGUUCUCCGAUGAAGAUUUGUAG